AUGAAAGAUAAAGGACAACCAGAUUUUCCAGCAGAUAAUGACGAAAGACCGUUUAAAUGUGACGUUUGUUCUCGAGGUUUCCAUAGAUUAGAACAUAAAAAGAGACAUAUGAGAACACAUACUGGCGAAAAACCACAUCAUUGCAACUUCCCAGGUUGUGGGAAAAGUUUUAGUAGAAGUGACGAAUUGAAAAGACAUUUAAGAACUCAUACCAGUACAUCGCAAAGGAAAACAAAGAAACCUAAAUUAAGAGGUCUUAAAGCUUAUCAUAUUAAUGAAGAAUCAGAUAUGGCCUUAAUGAAUAAUUCACCCACUUUAUUUUAUCCACACCCACAAAUGGCUACAAGAUUAGCGCCAGGUAUGGCUAUCGGUCUUAAUCCAAUGCAUGCUGGUUUAAUACCGCAACAACUGGGUAUGCACUCUAUUGUUAUUCCAGUAAUGACGCCAAAUGGUACGCCUGUUCAAAUGUAUUCUACUACUCCAACUGCUCCUGCUACUGCUGUACCACAUCCACAUCAACAAUCAACGAGAGUCACUACACCUCCACCACCAUCUGCUUCAAUACAAGUUGGUCCACAUCAAUUCUCACAAAUUUCUUCAUCGGUAUCAAAUACAACAAUACUUUCACCAAAUGGAAUUCCAAUGCAUGCAAAUGCAAUGAACGCCAUUCCAAUUUCAAAUCAACAACAUAAUUUCAUUGCUGUUCCACAACCACGUAGUAUGGCUACGCCACCUCCACCACCACCAUCCAAAUAUGGAGUUUCUUUACCGGUUAAUGCUCCAUUAAUGAGUAAUAAUCACUAUCAUACAAGCAACAACGGGACAUUACAUGAUUCUACAAGUUCUUUAGCUCUAAGUGAGCAGUCAAACACAUCUUCCAUUUUUUCUUCUACUAAUGCACCCCAUUCUAAUAAUAAUAAUCAUUACAAUGCGCAUAUUAAUCAUGUCUUUUCAGGACCUACUUCUCCAACAUCACAUUCAAAUGAGUAUAUGCAACCAUCAAAUCCUAAUUCUAAUAAUAUUAUUCACUCGCAGUCGCAAACACAAGGAUUUUUCCAAGAUAGGAAGAUAACAGCUCCAAUAGUCAAUAUUUUAAGUUCUUUGAAGAAGAAGAACAAGACAACGACGACGCCGACGACAACAAGAAAUGAAAAACAACAACAAAGAAAUAAAAGUUUCAAAAUCGAUAAACCAUCGCCAGUUGAACCAAGAGCAGUAUCAGCGAUCAAUAGUACGAUAUCGUUAUCAUCGGUUCUGACGAACAACACAACGCACAGCACAUUACCAGUUAUUAAAACUUCAUGUAAUGAUUUGACACCUCUAAGGUUAAAGGCAGACGGUGUUUCAUAUUUGGAUGUAGAAAAAAGACCUCGUGAAAGAGCUCAAUUCCAACUUUCCACUGAUGAUGAAGACGAUGAUAGUAAUGAUGAUGAUAACACUACUUCAUCGUCUUUACCUUCGACAAGAAUUGAAAAUACUUCAAAUAUUCCCCAUAAACUUAAUAUGAAUACAGUUAAAUUACCACCAGUUCGUAAUGUCUUAAGACAAAUUGAUUUUUUCAAUAAACCAAAUUGA